AUGUCCGCCUCGGUGGGGCCCCAGGGUGGCCCUCGCCCACCCACCGUGCCGCCAUCCAUGCCGGAUCUGCCGGACCUCAGCCAUCUCACCGAGGAGGAGAGGAAGAUCAUCAUGGCAGUGAUGGCUCGGCAAAAGGAGGAAGAGGAGAAAGAACAAGCUAUGCUAAAAUGUAUAACCAGAGAUGUUUUAAGAGGAGUCGAGGCGUGUGAGUCACCUUCAAAUGCCCAGAACCAGAAAUGGCACAGCACUGCAUUAACACUGCACCAGCAGUUUGAGAGCUACAAACAGGAGGUGCGUCGUAUCGGGGCUGAGACGCGGCGUCAGCAGACCCAGCAGAAGGACGACGCGCCCACCUGCGGCAUCUGCCGCAAGACCAAGUUUGCCGAUGGCUGCGGCCACCUCUGCUCCUACUGCCAGACCAAAUUCUGCGCUCGCUGUGGAGGGCGGGUCUCUCUGCGCUCCAACAAUGAGGACAAAGUGUGUCUCAUAGUGAAGGACAGGGUAAUGUGGGUAUGCAACCUGUGCCGUAAACAGCAGGAGAUUCUCACCAAAUCAGGAGAAUGGUUUUCGGAGUCAGGGGUGCUGCCUGGGAGCCUGGGCACCUCCUUGAACAACCCAGGCAAGGGAGGUGAGGCCCAACGGGACAGGAAGCUACUCCGCUCCAGGUCCCAAGCCCCGCCCUCCAGCACCAACAACAACGCAGGGCCGCUGGACGGGACACAGCUGCCCGCCGGCGUCACUGCUGCCAAGGGUGCGGACACCAUGCCCAGCUCCCGCUCCCAAAGUGAACCACCUAGAGAAAAGAAAAGGCCAGUUUCCCUCCAUGAACAAAAUGGUAAGGGAGGCAUAGGGCGUGGUAGUGGCCGGAGACCUGCUGGGAAGUUGCCGUCACAGUCAUCCCUGGAUGAGAGGGUGGGGCAUGGGGAAAGAGGAGAGAGACGGUUAGGAGAAGGACGGAGGCUAGAGAAGAUCCAUUCUACGGACUACGAGGAUGGGGAGGAGAACUUGGGUCGUUCAGAAACACACCGGAGACGCCCAGAGGAUGAGGAGCAGAGGGAGCGCCAACGACGUGAGGAGGAGUUCCAGAAUCGUUACCGUAGUGAUCCCAAUCUGGCACGAUACCCGGUGAAACCACAGAAGGAGGAGCAGGAGAUGCGCAUGCAUGCUAAGGUGUCCAAGGUUCGCCAUGAACGACGACACAGUGAUCUGGCUAUCAAUGAGGUCGGCCUAGGGCCUGGUGAAGGAGGAGGUGGUGGAGGAGGCAGUGCAGGGGAGGUGCCUGAAAACCGUCUAGCCAGGAGGGGUGGAGGUGGGGAGGGAGACCGCAAGGCCCUCUUGGAGAACCACCAAGCCUACUCUGUGGAUAGGACCGUGGGGGUUGGCGGGGGAGCUCCACCUGCUGGAGGUAUAGUGAGAUCAGGACCCCAACCUGGGGGGCCAGUGCCUCCAGAUAGGAGCCUGAACAAAGGCCGCCUAGAGCCUGGUACAACACGGACACCAAGGGACAAGGGUGGAGAUAACCUUCUGAGGAAAGACUCUCAGAGCUCAGACCAGUCUGAGUCUUUGCGGCCGCCCCCUCCACGGUCAUACAAGAGCAAGCGCGGAGUCAGCAAGAGGCAGAUGUCCAUCAGCAGCUCAGAGGAAGAAGGCGGCUCCACGCCCGAGUACACCAGCUGUGAGGACGUGGACAUGGAAAGCGUCAGCGAGAAAGGUGACUGGGACUGUCAUUCUCUAGAUCCUACAGUGUGGCAUCAUCCAGUUACAUGGCAGCCGUCCAAAGAGGGGGACCACUUAAUCGGACGCAUCACGCUAAGCAAGAGGUCAGCAAUGCCGCGUGAGGCUGGCUCCCUCCUCGGCCUAAAAGUGGUAGGAGGGAAGAUGACAGAGACAGGGAGACUUGGGGCCUUUAUCACCAAAGUCAAGAAAGGCAGCCUGGCAGAUGUUGUGGGACACCUACGUGCAGGUGACGAGGUGCUGCAGUGGAAUGGGAAGUCGUUGCCAGGAGCAACUAAGAAAGAAGUGUACAACAUUAUCCUCGAAUCCAAGGCUGAACCUCAAGUGGAAAUAGUUGUUUCAAGACCUAUAGGAGACAUCCCAAGAAUCCCAGAGUCAUCCCAUCCUCCUCUAGAAUCUACCGGCUCCAGUUCUUUUGAGUCGCAAAAGAUGGACCGUCCCUCUAUAUCUGUGAUGUCCCCUACUAGCCCAGGGACCCUCCGAGACCUUCCUCUGGUACUGCCUGGACAGCUCUCUGUGAAGCUGUGGUACGACAAAGUGGGCCAUCAGUUGAUCGUCAACGUCCUUCAAGCCAUAGACCUGCCACCCCGACCAGACGGACGACCUCGGAACCCCUAUGUCAAGAUGUACUUCCUGCCUGAUAGAAGUGAUAAGAGUAAACGGCGGACUAAAACAGUGAAGAAGAGUGCUGAGCCCAAGUGGAACCAGACCUUCAUAUAUUCCCACGUUCACCGGCGAGACUUCAGAGAACGCAUGCUAGAGAUCACAGUCUGGGACCAGCCCAGAGUCCAGGAGGAGGAGAGUGAAUUCCUGGGAGAGAUCCUGAUAGAGUUGGAGACGGCCCUGCUGGACGACAUUCCUCAUUGGUAUAAACUCCAGACACAUGAUGUGUCGUCUAUACCUCUGCCCCAGCCCUCCCCCUAUCUACCACGCAGACACGUCCAUGGAGACAGCCCCAGCAAGAAACUACAGAGUGCGGAGCGUAACUCCAGGGAGAGAGAGCGGGGCAGUACGUUGGCUGUGCCUGAGCAGGAGCGGCCCGUCCAGCACCGCUCCCGUUCAGUGUCUCCUCACAGAGAGGAUUCCUGCAGGGCUCGGUCACGGCCCGCACACGUGCCCAUGCAAAGGAGUCUGGAUGAGAUCCACCAGAACCGGCAUCACUCCCACUCUCCCUCUCGCUACAACGACUCCCACUUAGAGCACCAACGCUCUGGUGACUCGGACUACGAGUACUCUGAGGACAGUGAGGUCCUGGAGAUGCACAGGUCUGUCCGCGGCGGGAGUGCCGAGUGCCUGCACACAAACAGCGACCUGCAGCCGUCGUUGGACAGAGUGAGGAGUGCCAGCACCACUUGUCUGAGACCAGACACCAACUUUCACUCCCCUGACAGAGACAGGUGCUCCAACUCUUUGCCCCGCAAGACUCCCCCAAGCCCCAGGAUCUUAGUAGAACAUGUGGCCUCUGAGGACGACAGGCAGUGUAGCAAUUCAUCCAGUCCAAACUGUCAAAGGGGCAGCAAAAAAAGCCUGGAGGGCGACAGUCGUAUCCAGCCCACCUCUAUCCUGAGGGGCAGUAGGGGGAAAGGGGGCCCGCUGAGGCCCUUUGGCCAGACAGCCCUGGCUGGGUCCUGCCCAAACUCACCACGUCUGGACAGAGCACACCCUCAUGGAAGCCCCUCUCCUCCAAUGGGGACUCCCUCAUCAGGUCGCAGGGGCAGGCAGCUGCCUAAGCUCCCUGCAAAAAGCAGCAGCAUAGAGCAAGCCCUCGCAGUAGAGGAGCGAGCCCGACAGCUGCAGAUGAAAGUACAUUCCUACCGGCCUUCAGCCUCCCAUGACCCUGAAUCGGACCUCAAGACCAAACGGGAGAAGUACGCAGAACAGAGGCGCAGCAGUGACAACAUGUCGGCCAGAUCGUCAGACAGUGAUAUGAGCGAUGUGUCAGCCCUCUCCCGUGCCAGCAGUGCCUCCCGGCUUAGUAGCACCAGCUACAUGUCUAUCCAAUCAGAACGACCAGGGGGACGACUCAGAUCCAAGUCAUUAGAGGAGGAGAAGAAGGACAGGAGGAUCUCGUGGGGGGUGAAUGGAGAGGAGGAGAGGAAGAGGGCGGCAGGAAAGAGACGUUUCUCUGAGGAGUUGAAGCGCAGGAGACACACUGUAGCUGGAGACACGAGGGAGUCCAGUCGGCAGAUAAGAUCAGUGGGCCGCAACAUGCUGAAAAGCUCCAGUGUGAGCGGAGAGAUCUACACCCAGGAGCGCACCGACGGCAGCCAAUCAGACACAGCCCUGGGCACGGUGGGUGGCGGCAGCAAGAAGAGACGCUCCAGCCUCAGCGCACGCGUGGUGGCCAUCGUAGGCAACCGUCGCAGCCGCAGCACUUCACAGAUCAGUGGCCCCGAGGGGAAGAGUAAAAAGGAGAAGGGUGCACCUAUCCAAAGGAGCACAGAGACUGGCAUGGCAGUAGAGCUGACCAGGAACAUGAGCCGCCAGCCCAGCAGAGAGUCCAACAAUGGCAGCAUGAACAGCUGCAACUCUGAGGGGAAUUUGAUCUUCUCUGGAGUGAAUCUGGGUGCCAGCAGUCAGUUCAGUGACUUUCUGGAUGGCCUGGGACCGGCUCAGUUAGUGGGAAGGCAAACACUGGCUACUCCUGCCAUAGGUGACAUCCAGAUUGGUAUGAUGGAGAAAAAGGGUCAGCUGGAGGUGGAAGUCAUCAGAGCACGAGGGCUUGUUCAGAAGCCAGGAUCCAAAUCUCUCCCUGCUCCAUAUGUCAAGGUCUAUCUGCUGAAUAAUGGAGCGUACGUAGCCAAAAAGAAAACCAAGAUUGCACGGAAAACACUUGACCCUCUGUACCAGCAAGCACUGCUAUUCGAGGAAAGCCCGCAGGGUAAAGUCUUACAGGUGAUUGUAUGGGGGGACUACGGCCGCAUGGACCAUAAAAGCUUCAUGGGAGUUGCACAAAUUCUAUUGGAGGAAUUGGACUUAUCAAGCACAGUCAUUGGUUGGUAUAAGUUGUUCCCACCGUCCUCCUUGGUGGAUCCCACACUUGCCUCCCUAACGCGGCGGGCUUCCCAGUCGUCACUUGACAGUUCCUCCGGACCGCCCGGGGUCCGAUCCUAGUGGACCAACAGCUCUACAGCGCUUAACGAGUAGCAAACUCAUGAAACGUAAUGUAGAGAGAAACAAGCAGGUGGCGGAAAUGUAGAACAACAACAAUCAUAAACAGUCACAACGAGAAAGCUUUGUUGAGAUCUGACAAUCACUUCUGUCGCUGUUAAUUUUGUCUGUUGUAGGGAGUGCUACAUUUUAGUGUUUCAUAUUCAUUCAAAGAAAAAUCUCAUUGUUUUUCUCUGUGAAUGCUGAAGACGUAGGGCUGUCCACAGACAGCAAGAAGUAACUCUCGAGACGGGAGACAAAAAAGUGUCGGUGUCAGAGAAUCAAAUGAAGCAGGGUGGUUUUUAACUGAAUCAACAAUAGCAAAGAAAUGUAUGUAAGCAUCGGAAUGUAUGGACUCGAGACAGAGGAAAUCACCCUCCACAGCUGCAGGUGGGGCAGUCCUCUCUGCAGUGGCCUCCUCCAGAACCCCAACAGACUGCCAGCAUUGCUGCCCCCAGGCAGGAUGCUCCCGCAUGGGUAUUCAGUCUGGAAGCACAGGGCCUUCUUCUGGUGCCUAGACCUUGGAGCCGCAUCACUGGUCCCUCUCUCUGUCAAAAAAAUCCACUUUUCAAUAUGUUUACCAUGGCUGCUCUGAAGCCGCACUGUUUUGGCUUGUUUGCUUUGUCGUUCAUUUCUUUCCCUUUGUUACUACUGGCACAAAAUGUCCUUACAGUCUGUAAAAUGCUCAUGAUAAUGUUGUCAGUCUGGUGUGUGCAUGGAGAGAAAAAAACAAAACACAAGAGAUAAAAAAGGAUAUUAAAACUACUAAAUGUCUGCAGGAGAGGGACUGGUGGUGAUGAUGACACAUCUUAGAUUUUUACACUUGACAGUGAGAUUAGCGUGCAGCGUUGUUUUCCUUGUUCCACCGCUGGCAAACGUCCAGGCCAGUUGUCUUUGUAUAGAUGUAUAUUAGGCCUCCCAGGAGGUUGACCAAUAAAUAAAAUUUACGUCACUUUGAAAUAUCACAAGGGUACAACGUCACUGUAAAAAAACUAAACAAAAAAGAAAAACUUUGUUCACCUACCAAGAAGAAGAUAGGACUGUCUAAUUUUUCACAUUUUUGGGGAGUGCAUUCCCUCACCCGAGCACGUUUCAGGUUUUUAUCCAACCCCCUAGUUUACAUUCUUUUGAAAUUUAAACACAAGCACAAGAGCUUGAUUUUUUUACAACAAAAAGUUUAACUUUUUGAAAAAAACAUGU